AUGCCUCUUCUGCUGCCUACGAUCGAGCAGAUCGAGGACUACCUCGAGAACGUCGAGGACCUCAUCGUCACCUCCCUAUCAGCCGCUACUCCCGACCUCGGCCAGGUAUCCGACGCCAUCCACCGACUCUGGCAAGACGUCCUUCGGCACAGUCCACAAGCCGUUCCUGCUUCCUUCAAAGGUCUCGGAGCAUUCGAGGUCCCCCCACCUCCUCCACCUCCGCCUCCUCCGAGCAGUGUCUGGGAGAAUACCGCCAAUUGGGUCGCCGAUCACCCAUGGACCACUGCAGGGAUCGGCAUCGGAGUAGUGGGAGCAGGCCUGCUUGUAGGCUACGCAUCUCCUCGCAUCCACAGAAGGACUAGAGUAGGAACGAGAAAACACGCCGCUGCUGCUAGCACCGACAGGAGACAAGUGAUCGGUGAGUUCAAUGGCGAUUGCAUUGUCCUCGGGGGAGAUUCGCCCCUUGGCCAUCCGCUCAUCCUCGAUCUCGAAAAGAAGGGCUACAUAGUGAUCACCAGCGUAUCCACACCCGAGGCAGUCGACGAGAUCGAGAGCAAAUGCCACGGAUACGUCCGUGCACUCGUACUCGACCCCACAGAGCCGGAGAUGAUCCCCUUCUUCCUCCGCUCCCUCGCCUCGGCCAUGUCCCGCCGCUUCCCCAUCACGUCCGCCGGCGACCCCCACGCCCCGCCCAGCGCACACAUCUACGUCCACUCCGUCGUCUCCCUCCUCACGCUCCCCUCCCCCGCCCUCACCCCACCCCCCGCGCCGCUCGAGCACCUCAAUCUGCGCACGACGUACGCAGACUACCUCCAAGCGACGCACGUCGUCCCCCUCCAGCUCCUCCAGGCCCUCCUCCCCCUCCUCCGCGCGUCCCCCGCGCGCGCCCGCGACGCCCUCGCCAACGGCCUCGGAAAGCAGAGCAUCGUCGUCUGCCUGCCCGCGACGGACGCGCGCGUCGGCCUGCCCUUCGCCGCGGCGCAGGCGAUGAGCGCCGCCGCGACGCUGCGCGGCGUCGAGGUCCUCCGCCGCGAGAUCCGCGCCGCGGCGGCGUCUGGUGCGGGGACGGAGCCCGCGGAUGCGAUGCGCAACAUCAAGGUCACCGUCAUCGACGUCGGUGUUGUCGGAGCUGCUGUUGGCGACGCUACGGGCGAGGGGCUGCGGACCUCAGUCGACGAGUGGACGCCCGCGGAGCAGGCGGCGUACGGGGCUGCGUUUGGGUCGAUCCUGGAGGCGGACACGGGCGCGCCGUGCGCGAUCAGGAGGCAGCCGAGCGACGUGGCGGCGUUCGUGGACACCGUCGUGGACGUCGUGAGCAGCGGGCGGAAGAGCGCGGGCGGGCUGGCGCCCGCCGCGGCGCGCCUUGGGCUCGGGAGGCUGCUCGAGGCCGUGCGCGGGGACAGGGUCGUCGUCGGGGCUGGGGCGCGCACGUAUGCGGUGGCGGCGCGGCUCCCGGCGGUCCUCCUCGACGCCGUGCUGAACCUUCCUUAUCUCCUCAUCUCGGUCCGGAACGCUCUCCUGCCUGUCGCCCCGCACGUCGUCCCUGCUGCCCCCGCUCCCAAGGCUGCGCCUGCGCCGGCGCCCCAGCAGCCUCCUGCUCCCGCCUCUGAGAAGACGAGCGAGAAGGCGGCAGAGGGGACGGACAGCGAGCACGAGCACAACUUGUCGGACGCGGGCAGCGAGGCGGACGUGGAGAGCAACGAGGGGUACGGCUCGGGGGUGGGCGAGUCGUGGCAGACCGACGAGCCCAAUCAUGCCAUCUCGACCCCGCCCCAAGCGAUCUCCCUCUGGCUCGUCCCGCACGAGAAAGACGCAGAGAAGAUCAAGACCGUCAUGCAACACCGCCCGGCCACCCCGCUUCAUUCCCCCUCGUCGUUCCCGGCAUUCCACCCCCACAUAACGCUCGCGACGAGCCCCGACGCCGCCGCCCUCCGCGCGGCGAUCCCGCCCCGCCAGCCCGCGGUCCCCGUGCGGUUCAAGUCCGUCGACAUCGGCGAUAAGUACUUCAUGUCCGUCUACGUCGCCGCGCACUCCCCCGCGGGGUCCCCGCUCGAGACGCUGCGCGCGCACCUCCGCGCGGCCCUCGGCGACGCCGCGGUCCCGCCCCUCGCCCACCUCUCCCUGUACUACAUAGACGAUGCGGACAGGGCGCAGCGGCGGCUCACGGUGGAGGAGCUGCUGCGCCAGCUCCGCGUGCGGGGCCGGUGGGCGGGGGAUUCGGUCGUCGGCUCGGACUCGACGGUCGUACUGGACUGUUAUGCGGACCGGCUGGCGAACGAGGAGGGCGGCCUCGACGACAACUUUCACCACUUACUUGACAGAGUCGAGGGCGUCGAGAUCUGGCUGAUCAAGUGCGAUGGACCUGUGGAAGGAUGGGAGGUGAUGGAGAAGUUCUCUCUAGUGCAGUGAAUAGGGUGGUCACACGAGCUGGACUUCGGAGGUUACCGAUAAUUGGCCCCUGUCG